AUGUCAGAUGAAACACAAUCGAAAAUUCGUCAUUGUUAUAAUCAAGCACAUGAAUGUAUUGCAUCACGUGAAUCUAUUCGUUGUUUAUUAGAUGCAUUGUCAUCUCAUGGUUGUACAUUUAAUUUUGAUCGUCAUUUAACAUGUGAAAUGAAUGGUGAAAAUCGACGAGGCGGUUUUGAUCGUUCAACAUGUCAAUUAGUUUUAUAUCCUGAAAAUCUUCAUUCAUUAGAAGAAUUUUGUAAUAUUUUUGAACAUGAACUUAUACAUGCUUAUGAUUAUUGUCGUGUAAAUAUUGAUUUUAAUAAUCCAUAUCAUCUUGCAUGUACAGAAAUUCGUGCAGCAUCAUUAUCAAAUCAAUGUUCUUUAUUUAAUCAUUUUUCAACAUCAUCAAGACCAUUUUUAUUAAAAAAUCAACAUUCAAUAUGUGUAAAAAAUCGAACACGAGAAUCAAUGGAAAUUUGUACAAAAUUUUCGAGAAAAAAACUUGAUGAAAUAAUCAAUCAUGUUUUUCUUCGUUGUUAUAAUGAUACGGAACCAUUUGAUGAAAUCGGAAAAAGAAGAAGACUAUAA